AUGGCGACUACAACGAGUCCUCAUUCUGGUGAGAAUGAGGAGGAUCCUGCAUCCCUGAAUGAAUUUAAAUAUUCCCAGGAUGACGAUCAUCAUGAGAAUCACCAUGAGAAUCCCACGCAAGAUCCCUCCGCAGACAAAGCACUGCCCAUGCAAAAGAGGCGGCGCGUCGGUCGCGCAUGUGAUGAAUGUCGCAGAAAAAAGAUCAAGUGCGAUGGCAAGCAGCCGUGCACCCAUUGCACAGUCUAUAGUUAUGAGUGCUCGUACGACCAACCUUCUAAUCGCCGCCGGAAUCCUGCCCCACAAUACGUCGAAGCCCUUGAGAAUCGCCUCCAAAAGGCCGAGGCCCUACUUCGCACCGUUCUCCCAAAUGUUAACCUCGAUGACCCGCAACUAGAUGUGCUUGCGACAGGAAAGCGAUUUGCCGCCCAGAGGGAGAACAAGGCGACCGAGGAUGCCAAACUGUCCACCGAACAAGUUGACAUGGCGCCAGAAGCGGCAGAUGAAGGAUUGCUCGAAACCAUGGUCGAUAAUUCAGGCUGCUUGGAUCGGGAUGACCAGGGCCAUUGGGAUUAUCAUGGACAUACAUCCGGCGUUCUCUUUGUCCGCCGAUUACGCAAACACCUGGGCACUGCAGAUAUCACAAUCCCGAUGGCACGAUCGCGCUCCUCUAUCACCGCUCAUAUGCUCGAUAGCCCAAAGUCCAUGUCCGAGUCACCUCAGGACACAACUUUGCCUCCUACCCAUGAUCUGCCUCCCCGAGUAGUCGCUCGCCGGUUGUGUCAUAAUGCGAUCGAUCAUGCGUGCUCUUUGAUGCGAUUUGUCCAUGAGCCCUCGUUUUUCGCAGAUCUGGAGCGGAUUUAUGACACGCCCCCGGAACAAUUCACCAACGAAGAAAACUCUUUUUUGCCGCUCUUAUAUAUUGUCAUCGCUGUUGGCUGCUUGUUCUCAGAUGACGGGUCGGGGCAGGGUACCCUGGAUCUGGCUGGCUACGAAGGAGCAAUAGGUCAAGGGUUCCAAUUCUUUAAGGCCGGACGGCAGCUUCUGGAGAUUACUGACUGUCGUGAUUUGACCUCUCUCCAAGCAAUCUGUUUCAUGGUCUUAUUCCUCCAGUCUUCGGCAAAAUUGAGCACAUGCUAUUCAUAUGUGGGAAUUGCGCUUCGUUCAGCUCUGAGAUUAGGUCUGCAUCGCUCUGUCGCCGCAGAUUUCAAUCCUAUUGAGCGAGAACUUCGAAAGCGCAUCUUCUGGGUGGUCCGCAAGAUGGAUGUCUAUGUGAGCACGCUUCUAGGUCUCCCUCAGAUUCUGAGUGACGAUGAUAUCGAUCAAGAGUAUCCAAUGGAGGUUGAUGGUGAUUUCAUUACAUCGGAAGGAAUCACUCAGCCACCAUCCAACUAUACACCGCUGAUGGCUGGAUGCAAUGCACACACCCGUCUUUCCAAUAUCAUUUUGAAGGUCGUGAAAUAUAUCUACCCGGUCAAGAAUGCUCGUUAUCGCUCCAAAUCAGACCAGCGAUACAUGGUCAGCCACUCUAAAAUCCGCGAGAUUGAGCGAGAUCUGCAGAAUUGGAUGGAGGAACUACCCCCGGCCUUGCGACCGGGCACAGAAGUAUCGCCACAAUUAGAACGUAUCCGACAAUUGCUACGCAUAAGCUACGCCCACGUGCAGAUGGUCAUGUACCGCCCGUUCCUCCACUAUGUCUCCGGCGGUUCCCAGGCACAUGGUGUAGACAAGCGCUCGUAUGCCUGCGCAGCUGCCUGCGUUAGUGUUUCGCGAAACAUCGUCCACAUCACGACCGGGAUGCAAAAAAGAGGACUACUCAAUGGAUCCUUCUGGUUCACUAUGUACACGACCUAUUUCGCUAUUCUCUCCUUGAUCUUCUUCGUCCUUGAGAAUCCCGAUUCACCAACAGCGAAAGAUGGUGUUUUGAAAGAUGCUAUGGAGGGCAAGAAUACGUUGGCCGGCUUAGCCAAGAAGAGUCUUGCUGCUGAUCGUUGUUCUCAGAGCUUAUUCUGCCUCUUCAAGACGCUACCUGAGAUGUUGAAAAAUCGACAGAGCUCUAAGGCUCAAGUCAGCCUCAAGCGACCUGCACCUUCUAACACUGCUGAGCCUGAGCUGAAGCCUUCGUUCGAGAAGUCCAUGCCACAGCGGUCUGGCACUUUCCCAGUGCAACCAAGUACCCAGCCAUCUGCAAAGGACGGUCGGAACCGCCGACAGCAAAGUCUGGACAAUGUCCAGCCCGCCAGCAAUCUUCAUGCCGAUACCACUCACCAAUCGACAUGGGUCUCAAGCACACCCGAGCUGCUGACGGAAACUAUGACAACCCCGGAACACAUAUCCUCCAGCGGCAUGACACCCUCUAUGCCCAAUCAAGAGCCACCAAGCCUAGCAUGGGCCCAACAAUUCACCAACCCGUCCAAUCUCCCAGACCUCAUGCCGAUGAUGUUCCCUUCUGACGAUCCGUUUGCGUACCCAACACAGCCUAUGUCCACCUUGGAGGAUGACCACUUCCGACACGACCGCACAGGACUAUCAUCGCAGUAUCCUUUCGACUCAACACCAGGCAUGGGACCGGCUACGCCGGGCGACCCCUCCAGCGCGGGAGUAUCCACUCCAUCCUUUGAUUUUACAAAUCUCCCGAAUUUCCCCGUCGCCAACACCCCUGGAAUCAAGUCUUCAGUGCCAAGCCACCUCCGCGCCUCUCAUUCCCGAACUUCGUCCCGUGUCCACUCCCCAAUCUCUCAAAGCCAGACCCCAACCGAGGUGAUCAGCAGUCCAGACCUGGUCUCAAUCCCGAAUCAGAACUUCGUCUGGCAGGGGUAUAAUUUCCAGCCCAGCAAUCCGAGUAUGAUAGCUACUGAAUCCGUACCACAACAACCAGAGACGUCUGGUCAAAAUGGCUUGUCUGAUUUCAGUAUGGGCAUGGAUGAGAACAUAAACAUGAACGUGGACCUCGGGAUCUCUUUUGAUGAUUUGUUUGGCAACAAUGCCACUUAUCGACCCGGUAAUGGGGCAUCCGCCGAGGAUUGGUCCCAGUGGAUGAAUGCAAACAACCCUUAA